AUAGACUACCAGCAGCAGCGUCCAUGCAUUCGAUCAAUUUGGAAAACUACGUCGGGGAAGAAGGAUUAGCAAAUUCGACGAGAAGCAGCAAUGCUGUCUCCCUGGUGGAUUGUAUCGCCGAGCAGGAUGAGGUGGUGGUAGAGGUGGACGGCGAUUCCCGGGAAGACAAUAUAGCUGAGACGGACGAAAAUGAUAACAGCAGCAAGAGCAGCCAACACCGAAUGCUACAAACGAAAUCAACAGCGUGCGACCGAAUGUUCCACAGCACGUCGCCCGGUGCAUCGUCAUCGGUAAAACAGCAAGCCAUGAAGCUGGACACGACGCCGACUGGCAGCCCUCAGAGCAGUAACAUUAUAUUUCAUCGCAAGUACAAGAAGAUGCCCUCGCGGGUAGUGUCCCGGACGAACAGCCUCGAGAAUGGUACGAGAAGCAUGUCACCGGCACUGCGUCCCGUCGUCUGUGUGGAGGAUAUUCGAUGGCGUAUUGGUUUGCCGAAUCGCCAUGGAAAGGAGACCCUGCCAACGGAAAGAUGUAAGUUGUAUGAAAAGGCAAUAAAAUAGAGAAGAAGAAUUGGUUGUUUGAUGUUAAUUCGAUUCCAUGUUAUUUUAGCAAUCAUCAGACGCUCGUUUCAUAAGGAAAGCCUUAUGGCUUACGGUAUUGCCAAAAUUCGGCUCGAGCAGGAAGCCUCCCGUUCAGAUGACGGUGCUGUUGGUGUUAAGGAUGGGAUCAGAAAACGUGUUGCUUAUUCCACCGAUAAAAGGGAUCGCCUUGUAACAUCGACAGCGUUUGUUUCGGAAGGGCAAGCAGCUCCAAGCGAAACACCAGCAACAGGCGAUGAUAUGGAGAUUUGUGAAGAACCGGCCGAAAAUCUUCUUGGGCCAGGGAUUUCCACGUACGAUGCGGAUGACGCGGUCGAAGGAAGCUCGAUGGCCAACUCGUACGGUGAUGAUGAUAGUUCCGAUUGGUCAAAGCAUUUCUCCACCCGGCACAGUUUGGCACAUCGAAUGUCAGCCGACGGUCAACCGACGGCACUGAGCGAUUUUGACCUGAUGUUACAAAAGAUCAACCAAAGCGUACCGCCUAUGACGCACCUGGAUCGGAUCGAUCAGUGGCAUGUGACGGCGGAAGAUCUGCUACAUUCGAUACCCACCAAGGCGCAGAUCGAAACCAGCUCCUCGUGGUCUUGUGCCAAGCGUCCUUACUAUUACGAUGAUGACGACGGUUCAAGCGAUGACGAUUCGGAUACGUUGGAAGAUACCGCUGGAGCAGCAGCAUUGGAAGGUGGUCCUUCCACCAGUACGGGACUGACGAGAAGCGUUAAAAAGAGACGUCCGAUUGACGAGGUGUUGGUGGCACCGCUAGAUUCACCAAACACCACCAUCGCUAGACCAAUGUCGACGACGCUUCUGCUCGGGACGGACGACGACAGUAAAGGUUUGGAUUUUCGGAAAAGUCAAGUUAAUCCGGAAAUCGAUAAGCCCAACAAGGUGCUCGAAAAAACGAUCCCAGUUAAAAUUUUGAUGCGUAAAAAUUACCACAAACUACCAACACGGUACCGGGCGUGUACGGAAAAUGAACCGCCCGAUGGUGCACGGGCGGAAGACUCGGAUCCAUCCUUGCCGUGCUCGGAUGGUGGUGGAAGGUACAAGUCCAAUCCGUACGCAUAUCUGCUUAGUCGCGAUGAGGAAGAACGGGAAAAGUUUUUACAGUAUCUUCGCAUUAGUCCAGUGUUUCGCACGAACAAGGAACAGGUGACGACGGUUGGGACGAGAAGUGGUGGACCGGUGGAGAAAUGUGGAACUGUUGCUGCCGGCGUUGUUGGUUCGAUCGAAGCACACUCAACCAUGAGCCCACCAACGACCCAAGCGGCACAUUCGUCGAAACCAAAGACGAAAUCUCGACCGAAAGUGAAACAAAACAAACGGAAACCACCAACAACGUCAAAGCAUAGAACCCAUCCGACGAUUAUUGCCAGCAGAGGUUUGCGAGGUGUUCGUCGGCUCGUGCUCAGCAGUUCACUGCGAAGCGGUAAAGUAAUACGGUACAGAAAUGGGACAGUGGACAGUCGGCCACUUGCUAAAACGAGAAGCAGGCCGAUAAGAAAGAAGGUUUCGACCGAGAUAUCCAUCGUAAAGACUCCAUCGCGAGGAAAAGACUUGGAAAGUUCGGAAAAAGAUCAUCCGGAGGAAGAUUUGGAUCAGAAGCAGAUUGAUUCCUCAGUGCUACCUUCGACCUCCUCGUCCACGUCCUCAAUGGCAAAGAAGGGUAAAAGUACAGCGCACCGGCAUCGUUGCUCGGUUGACAGUGCGGUCAGCAGCUCUACCAGCGCGGAAAUGCACGAACAGCAGCAGCAGCAGGUUGGUAAUCGAUCGAAAGAGUGUCAAACGAUCGAAAGUAUUCCUCCGGAACAGGGGCCAGCUCCGGUUGCGAUUGUCAAUGAAGGGAAGCGUAUGCGGAACCCUCUCAAUCGUGCGGACGGUGAGGUGUUGCAUCUGUUCUUGCUAGACGAACAGCUCGUUGUUGUGCAGAAGGAACUGGUAAGCUUCUGGCGCUACUCGAGAUUGAGCGUGUUUCUCGGCGUAAAGCAGGAAUGGCAACGGCGAGCGCAAAUUCGACGCUGGAAUCGUGAUACCGAGGUGGAUGUGCAGAACGCGCAUCGGAUCAUAUUUAAAAAGCAAGAUCCCAUCUAUCUGGAACCGAGGGCAAGAAAUUUAAGUCAAGACAAGUCUCGCAUCUGUCCACUAGCGUCGAUUUACGUGAAUGCGUACUUUCUCGACACUAUGCCGAUUGUAAAGGCGGAAAAUAUUAAUGAUGGGAACGUACCAAUCGCUGCCGGUGUGGAGGAAGAGGAGAAUGGUUCGGAUGACUGCGAAGAGAUGGUGCGGUUGAAAUCGUUUCAGCUGGAUACAAUCAAAAGCUCAUUGAAUGAUAUUCGAUUUGUGCCAUUACCGAACACGCGCGAUUUUCUCAUCUGUUGGCACGAGCACGUAUCCGAACUGGAGUCACGCACCGGUCUCUGUAAGUACAGUCUAACGGCGGAUCUGCAGACGCUGGCCUGCAUACGUGACUUUAUGAACGUGAAGCAGAAACUCACGACACUGAAGUGCAUCAACGAUAAGAAGUUGAUCGGGAUGGGACAAACGACGGUACAUAUUUGGUGUUACGAGAGUGGAUUCAUUCUUCACACGGUCGACAUGAAGAUGGAGCUAGGAAUAAACGUGUUUUGCUUCCUACACAUUGAAGGGAACAACGACAACACGCUCUUGAUGUUGCAAAUGCAUCAUCCGGAUGAUCCCACGACGAGCCAUAACCGUCGGUUGAUGAAAGUGAUUGCUCUCAACCUGUACAAAGCGACGUGGUAUAUUGUGCACAGCUACGAAAUUGCCCUUGCUUCGAAGAGUAUUACCAGUGAGAGCCAACAGUGGGCACUGGACGUAAGCAAUGCCGGCUAUCGCCACUGUUUAACGUUUGACAGUGGUGAACUGUUAACGGUCAGCUUAAACGAUCCAACCGUUUGCUGGACGAACCAUCAGCGGUUGGAGAAGGAUUUGCAGCGGGCGGAUAAUGGUUCGCUACACAUUUACAGCCGGCUGCGCAGUAACGACAGUAGUAGUGGUGGUGGUAAUGGCGAUCUGUACCGUCCGCGCGAACGUAUUCUAAAUGCUGGCCACUGGAACGGUGGACGUGAUUUGGUAUUUUUGAGCGAUCAAUUCUUGACCGUUAAGACGAUCGAUGAGUAUAUGGUGGAAGAAGGUAAAAGAUAGAG